AUGCGCUCCGCUGGAUGCUCUUGUGUUCAGGCCUGCAGCAUCCUCCCGCCCUUGGAUGCCUUUUUGAUCGCGAAGACGGCGAUCUAUGGCUUGGAGACGUGGAUGCUGCGUCACGGUGUCGAAGUGAAGAAAGAAUCCAGCGAAAAGGAGGAGAAGAAGGAUGAGAAGAAGGAGGCACUGGCUGCUCAGGCGGUCAAGGAGAUCCUGAAAGCUAUCGAGCAGCCCGACGUGCAGAAGCAUGGUACAUUUAUUCUGCCGGACUGGCACACAACGUAUAAGGAUCAGCUGGGCUCCUACAAAAAGUUUGUGAAGCGCAGCACGCAGCUGCAGGUCAUAGAGAUGGAGGAGGGCAAGUACAUCAUCCAGAAAGCCGGCGACACCACAGCAGCAGCUGUUCCACAAGCCAAAGCCAAGGCGGCAAAAGGAGACUGGAAGCAGCUGCUAGCAAGUGCCUGGAACAUCUACUGCCAGGCCACCGCAAGGCAUGAGUGGAACAUCGACGUAUUUACCAGCGCGCUAGCUCGAGGCGUGCGAACCACGAAGCCUGUGACAGGCGACUCUGCACCAGCUUCGCCCAAGGUCGGCCCAAAGGACGGGCCUGACGAGCCGAAGGACGACGCGAAGGCGGAGGCACCGGCUCCGAAGAAGAGUUUGAAGAAGAAGGGGCUGAAGGACAAGGCGGAUGCAGAAGGACCGAAGAAGACUUUGAGGAAGAAGGGCCUGAAGAGCAAGGUCGGAAACGAGAAAGUACCAGACGGUGCCACCACGAAACCGAAAAAGAAGGUCAAGAAGAUCGUCGCGAAAUGA